CAGUGAGUUGUAGUCGCUGGCGUCAGGGAAAGAGUAACUGAGGAUUUACCGCCCAGGGUCCAGCGUGGUCAGUGCCGUGGGGCAGGUUAACGUAAGUGUGUUGGAAGCGACGGUUUGAACGCACAAAUUAUGACGACCAUUGACCUAGCCUCAGCUGACGACUGGUCUCCUCAGCUCGCGAGGACGGCAGCUCCCGCGAUAGAAGUUCGUCCGUUGCGCUGCCUGCUGGACGAAGAAGUGCGGGUGGUGGUGUCAGGGCUGGAGCCUGAUCAAGUCUACACGCUGCAGUCCUCCGUCACAGACUGCAAGGGCGUGCCCUUCACAGCUGUCGCCCAUUACAGAUCUGACUGUCAUGGCGUGAUCGAUCUCACGCGAACGCCCUCCAUUGGCGGCCACUUCACCGGCGAGUUCCCUAUGGGACUCUUCGCUAGCAUCCUGCCGGGCUCCACUAAACUUAAGGACCCGAGAUUCUCUUUUCACGACGUCACCAAACCUGCCGUGUUUGACUUGACAGUGUACAAAGGCGCGUGCGGCCACCACUUGAUGCUUAUGAACCUGGAGUCGAUGAGCCUGGAGCCCGUGUGUGAGACGAGACAUGAACGGCACCUCAUGGGCGAGGGCUGCUCGAGGAUACCUGUGAGGUACAAGACGGUGCGCGGGGUGCUUCACUUGCCAAAGGGUGAUGGCCCCUUCCCCGGUGUGGUGGACAUGUUCGGCAGCGCCGGGGGUCUCAUGGAGCACCGAGCAUCGCUCCUCGCAGCCCGCGGAGUUGCGGCGCUCGCCCUCGCCUUCUUCAACUAUGAAGACCUGCCUUCAAAUAUGGACUCUUUGGAUCUCGAAUACUUCGCAGAGGCCGUCGAGUAUCUUCUUUCUCGAGACGAGGUGUCGAAGGAGGGCGUGGGCGCAAUAGGCACCAGCAAGGGUGGGGACAUCGUCCUGGACAUGGCGGUCGCAAUUCCUGAAGUCCGCGUCGCUGUCGUCAUCAACGGCUGCUGCUACAGCGCCGAGACCUCGACGCGCCGCCGGGGCAAGCCCAUCAGGACGCCCAUGGCCAUUGAUCCUGCCCGAAUGAGGAUCCAGCGUGACCUGCGAGUGGAUCUCAGUGCGAUCGUCGACUUCAGCGAAAAUGCCGGCGCAGACCUCAUCCCUGUCGAGAAAAUCAAGGGGGAUAUUUUGUGGAUCGUCGGCAUGGACGACAGAAACUGGCUCAGCGAAAACUUUGCAGACCUUGCCUAUGAACGAUACUCCAAGUACAGAUCGGAUGACCUGCACAAGUUCACGGUCGUGAAGUACCCCGGUGCAGGUCACCUGAUCGAGCCUCCCUACGUGCCGUUCUGCGAGGUAUCAUACCACCGCCUGAUCAUGGGCAGUAUGGUGUGGGGCGGGCGUCCUGUGGGCCACACCAGCGCACAGGUCGACUCUUGGCGCAGGAUGAUUGCUCUGUUUAAGGCGAAACUCCUGCCUCCGUCCGCAUGUCUUGCUAGUAAACUAUAACAGGGUCGAAUGAAAUAGUGGAUGAAGCAUGAGUAUGUGACAUGGGAUCUAUUAUGUGUGUUGGACAUGUGAUAAAUUAUUAUCAACGGACAUGACGAGAUAUGACCAUGUGACGCUUGACGAGUUAUGACCGUGUGACGCUUGACGAGUUAUGACCGUGUGACGCUUGACGAGUUAUGACCGUGUGACGCUUGACGAGUUAUGACCAUGUGACGCUUGACGAGUUAUGACCAUGUGACGCUUGACGAGUUAUGACCAUGUGAUGCUUGACGAGUUAUGACCAUGUGACUCUUGAGUUAUGACCAUGUGACGCUUGACGAGUUAUAACCAUGAGACACAAGGCAAAUUAUGAUAUUGGGCAAUAUGAAAAUUCAUGAUAGUAUGACACAUGACAAACAAUGAUCAUGCUUCGCAUGACAAAUUACUAUUGUAUGGCAGAUUACUUUUAUCAUGAAAUCUUCUCUCUCCGUCCAUUUGAUGUCGGUGGCUUAUUUAUUUUUUCACAUGCCUGCUGGCAAAAUAAAUAAAUAUAUUUUCCGGCCCAUGAGUUACCUCUAUUUAGCUCAGUCAUUGUCAAGAUUCCAUGUGUUUUUGUAAAUCAUAUAGAUUAAAUGAUUUCAUAUGACAUAAAUACUCAGGAAUUCAUUAAGUUUUAUGAUAUAAUCAUGUUGGAUUCACUCAGUUGAGUAAAUUUCUACUGUAUAUGUCACAAAUACAAUAUAUUUAUUUACUAUGUAUAUUUUCGAAGAAAUGCCCACAAAAGAAUGACAGUUAAUUCUGUCGAAUGGCUUUUACGUGUCCGUUUAUAUUUUGUUACGUUGUUUGCAAGUUUAAAUAAAUGUUUGAAACA